AUGGAGAGACAGGAGAGACAGGCUAGUCUUGACCGGAAGUCUCCGCCAACGCAGGAACUACCGCCAUAUCCCCCAAAGAUGAAGACAUCACAAUCUUUGUUUCGUCCGUGCUUGACGUGGUCGCUAGUGGGAACGGUGAUCCUGACUUUGAUCUAUGUUCUGCGACCGAGCCUCCACCUCCCAACACCGUGGAUUGACUCGAUCGAUUCCCAGCCUAUUCGCCCCAAUGAAGCAGAAGACAUCCACCGCCCCAGAAUCGCACUUCAUCCCGAAGAUCAUGUGUUUCGCUCACCGGCUACUCACUAUCUUGACUGGCGGGUCACAUCGGGUCAGCGCAGGCCCGAUGGCGUCCUUAAGCAAAUCUUCCUUAUCAAUGGUCCAACACUCGAGGCCCGCUCCGGUGAUACCCUCUUCAUCACUGUCACCAAUGCCCUAGAGAACGAUGAAAUCGCUCUACAUUGGCAUGGCCUCCAUGUAGCCAAUGCCAUGGACGGCGCUGUGGGAAUCUCGCAGUGUCCCAUCGCUCCAGGUGCUAAAUUCACCUACAAAGUCACCAUCCCUUCUGACCAGAGUGGUACUUUUUGGUAUCAUGCUCAUGCUGGGCUUUCACGGGCCGAGGGCCUGUACGGAGGUCUUGUGGUACAUGCCCCAGCAUCUUCGUCCACAGUCCGGGGACUACGCCCGGGAUCAUACUCAGAUUUGAAUCGUUAUGGUUACAAGAAGGAGCUUCUUUUACUAGUGGGUGAUUGGUAUCAUCAGCCUGCUAAGGAUGUCUUGGAGUGGUUCAAGGCCCCGGGAAAUUUCGGUAAUGAGCCGGUACCGGACUCAUUGCUUGUCAACGGAGUCGGCCAUUUCCAUUGUGCAAUGGCAGCCCCCGCGCGUCCAGUGGAUUGUGUUGAUCAGCGGGCUGAUUACUCCUUCCUGGAUAUCGACCCUAAUAUGACAUACAGGAUACGCGUGGUUAAUACUGGAUCUCUGGCGGGCUUCAGUCUGGUCUUCGAUAAAGAACAGCUAGAUCCCAUUCAGGUGGACAGUGUCAAUGUUGAACCGCUGCAAAUCCCCCAUAUCAACUCACUUGGAGUUCUACAACCAGGCCAGCGUAUGGAUUUCAUCCUUCAUCCUUCAUCCAAUGGAAAUGGGUCUUCAAUGGAGGUCAAGCUAGACGAAGAGUGCUUCAAAUACAUGAACCCUGCCCUCACACCAGCUCAAACGUUUCCUAUAAAAUACGGCCCACCAUCUGUCAACACAGACUCCCAUCUCUCGCUUCCGUCGUUACAGGUUCGCGUUAAUAUUAACCUGGAUGAAAUACCUUCAACAAGAUCAGUUCUGCGGGAUCUACCGGCAAAAGCAGAACAAACGCAUGUGGUCUAUACCAAAAUUCAAAAAAUGGCUCGCAAUCACAAUUCCCCACUCGGCUUCUUCAAUCAAACUAGCUGGAGUCCACAGCAAGAUCCACAUGUCCCAUUAAUCGGACUGCCAAGAAUAAAGUGGGACGCAAAUCAAUUUGCCAUUACAACAGGCUCAGACCCUGGAUGGGUGGACCUUGUCAUCAAUAAUUUGGAUGAAGGGUCUCACCCAUUUCAUUUGCAUGGGCACCACUUCUAUAUAAUGACUGUCCAGAAACCUUUCGGCUGGGGCUCAUACAAUCCCUUUGAAGAUCCAUUUCCACCAGGACUAGAACAAGUCCAAAGUCGAAACACGGAUGACUCUAGUACUAUCGAGCCCUAUGAUUUAUCUCGCGUCGCUUUGCGGGAUACAGUCCAAAUUCCCAGUCGCGGAUAUGCUGUCCUGCGCUUUCGUGCUGAUAAUCCUGGUAUCUGGCUAUUCCAUUGUCAUGUUCUGUGGCAUCAUGCGACUGGGAUGGCGAUGCUUAUGGAUAUUGGAAGUUCGGACGACACAUCCGUUCACGAUAGGUCUGUACAAGGGGUCUGUCCUGUCUCUACCUAA